GAUGGAGUUGUGUCGGGAGGCCCUUACGAACCCCGUCUACGGUCCCCGGCCACCAGGAGACAGGAGCGCUGCAGUCGCCAUCGUUCUGACUGAUGGAGUGGCUAAUGAAGGACAAAUCACAAUCGUGGAGGCUGCGCGCCGUAUGGCCCUCUCCGGGGUAAAGUCUCUUGCUGUAGGGGCUGGGCCCGGUAUAGAUGACGCCCAACUCCUGGAGAUAGCACAAGGACGACAGGCGAAUGUCUUCUCCGUGGGAAGCACUGCCGAACUCGUCGAUAUUGCGCAGAACAUAGGUGUCUCGUCUUGUGCUGAUAUUGACACGACAACUACAGCUACGACACCAGCAGAAGCGGACUGUAAGUGGGGUGACUGGAGUCCCUGUGACGCGCCAUGCGGAGGCGGUAUUCAGCGGAGAUCCAUGGACUGCUGUGACUGCACGCCCAGGGUGGCAAUCCGGUCCUGUAAUCGUGAUCCCUGCCCAGUCGACGGAGCCUGGGGUCCUUGGUCUGCCUUUGGCGCCUGCUCUCGCAGCUGUGGAGGCGGAGAACAGAUCCGCACACGCAGCUGUAACAGCCCCCCAGUGGCCGGUGACGGACAGCCUUGCCAGGGCCCCUCAGCUGAGAUACAGGCUUGUAACGACCAGGGCUGUCCCGUUGACGGCCAAUGGGGAGACUGGUGUUGCUCAUGGUCAGCAUGCAGCGCCACCUGUGGAGGAGGUCAGCGCACGCGCACUAGGCAGUGCAGCAACCCCGCUCCAGCCAAUGGCGGCGCAGACUGUGUUGGAAGUGGUAUUGAAGAGGAGAUGUGUAACACACAGCCAUGUCCUACCGAUGGCGGUUGGUCAAACUGGUCCGACUGGUCAGCCUGCAACGUAAAUUCGUGCACCUGUUCACGCACGCGCACUUGCUCCUCUCCGGCACCGGAAAAUGGUGGAAAACCAUGCAUGGGUGACCUAGUGAACCGACGAGCGUGUUUUGUCUUUUGUUGUCUACCUGACUUCUCCCGCUCUCUUGGACUAGGAGGGCGACUUCCAGGCCCCUUUGGUGGAAUGGGCUUUGGUGGAAUGGGCGGGGGACGUAGCUUAGGCGGAAAGAGCUGGAUGCGAUGCUGAAGUCAGAGUCAUGUGAACGCAGUCAACAUAGGUGCUUCUAAAGUUCAUUUAUUUACCUUUGGUUCUGGUUUAAGUUUUAUUUUACGUGGCCUUUUAAAGUAAGGU